CUUUCAUAACUGUUGAACAUUUUAGUUUCUUUACUAUCUCUCCGUGCGCUCUUGAGAUGUUGGCUACAAUAAAGAACAUUUCCGUAACCUACGACGGUAUGGGCAAAACCUUUAGCAGCGGCGACUUCAUUUCUGGGCGAAUAACGUUGGAAUUAGGAAAAGAUUGCAAAAUAGAUUAUCUUUCCAUAAAAGCAAAGGGAAAGUCAGAAGUCCUAUGGACAGAACAUCAUAAUCAUUCAACUGUAACUUACCAUUCCAAGGACAAGAUGUUCAGCAUUGAACAAUUUAUCAUUCGAGAACAAAAAGGCCAAGAUUGUAAUGUCGUAGCUCCUGGAACUCACGUUUACCCAUUCACAUUUCAGAUCCCUCAACAAGCAAUGCCAUCAUCGUUUAAAGGCGCCUGGGGGAAAAUCCUGUAUACGUUAGAGGCCAAGUUGAGCAGAUCAAUGAGGAUAUCCAGCAAAGCCAGGGCUGAGUUCCCCUUUGUCUCCAAGGCAGACCUGGGCAGCAUCCCGGAGCUGAUGAUACCUCAGCAUGGAACCAAGGAUAAAAAGAUGAAGUUAUUCACCUCAGGAAAAGUGGGAAUGGACAUUCACAUAGAGAGAAUGGGCUACUACUUAGGUGAAGACCUAAAGGUUGUGGCGUCCAUUGAGAAUAGCUCUUCUCGUGAGAUCAAGCCCAAGUACACCCUGUACCAGAAGGACAGCUUCUUUGCGAGGGGAAAGAGGAGGGUGUCCACCAAAGACAUCCUGAAAGAGCUGGGAGAGCCCAUCCCGCCAUCUGGGAAACUGAAAGUCACUAAAGUCCUUAAAAUCCCACAACACAUUGUUCCAUCCAUCUUCACCUGCAGUAAUAUUAAAUGCGAGUACAGGCUGAAGAUCGUCCUGGAUGUUCCCUAUGCCAGAGACCCAGAAAUCAAAUUGCCACUGGUCAUCCUCCCUGUAACUCAAACGCCUGGACUGCAGCCGCCACCUUACUCUGACUUUGGUUUUGACUCGUUCGGGAAUGCAAACCAACCCGGAUGGAACAGCACACCACAAUUUCCGGGAGCCUAUCCACCAAUGGCCCCAGGAGCCUAUCCACCAAUGGCCCCAGGAGCUUUAGCGCCUCCCCCAGCCUACGGAACGUACCCAUCCCUGUCUGAUUUUGGUGGUAAAUCCUAUUGGGAGAAAAGAUAAGAGGGUAAAAUAUAACAAAUGAAUGCAUUGUAUAUGAUAAAUCCGCAGUUCUCUAUCUCUUUAUACUUCCAUACUUCUCUGUUGUUGAUGUUUCUUGUCAUUGACAUGACAACGUGUGUAACUUCAAUAUCUUUGUGGAAAUGCCAACUAUGAAUAAUGAAAUGGAACAAAGUUCUGCUUAAGUGUGCCUUGUAUAAGUUGUCUAAAUAUGAAUAUUGCUGUUACGAAUGUAACGAUGAAUGUUCUAAUUUCAUGGUGGUGCUGAUAAUCUAAUAAAAAAUCAAUUAUAUAUAUAUAUAUUAUAAUAGUAAAAAUGGCAAUUUCCAAAUAAGUACAGUGAAAUAAAAAGCAGGAACGUCCACGAUGAUAAUAGGCUACUGGUCCAUUUUUUUUAUGAUGAGAUACAUAAAUCCAGGAACACCAACUAAAUACCACACCCUAUGCAUACAUAACCCUUAUAUAGGCCUUUAUAACUUUUUAUUUGAGGGAGAAGAAUCAGAGUUAUGCUGUCACAAGUAUUGGAAAAUUAAUCAGACGUGACUUUAAUGAUGACAUUGCAAAUAUUGUGGGCGUAGGCCUACUUAUUGUCCCCGCCUUUUGUAAAUACAGACCUCCUCCCUUACUUACUAUGUUAUAUUAAAGACCGUUGUGAACCCUA